UGCUGGGGAUGAUGCUCCAAGAGCAGUUUUCCCUUCCAUUGUGGGUCGUCCCAGGCACCAGAAAGAAUUUCAUAAGCUUGGAGGCGGGGGAUAGGGGUGAUUAGUUCCCAGAUAAGUAUUUUACAACAUAACAUAUGACAGGCUGUAUCGUGUGUGCUAAGGCAUUUUUCAUCUGAAUGCUAUAGAAUUUACACAGCUUAUGAGCCACAUCCUUAGCAGAACAAGCUAGGGCAAGCGGCAAGCAGUUCCUGUGGUGCUGAGGCACCUAGCUCACACCCUGCUGGGCUGGCUGCUGGGACUGGGGGCUUUAGGAUCUGCUCCAAUCAAGGAUCCCUGUGCAAUGGGAAUCCUCCGGUGGCUAGGUAAAUUAGCUUUAGGGUAAUUUAGGACUAGGGACCUGAACCACAGCCCACUGAAGACAAUUGUGAGGCUCCCAUUGAUUUCAGGAGGCUUUGGAUCAGGUCCUAGUAUUGUAACACUGUAAGGAGAGUAAAGCUUCCCUAAUGUAGCCCAUGAUCUGACCUUGUAGCUGAAAGUGUUCACUCUCUUCCUGGUCUGCUUUUGUAACUAUGAAAGAAGCUAACAGCAUGGCAUUUGAAUUACAUCUGUUCUGUGUCCGAGACAGAUUAGCUAGAUUAGACAGAUUAGCUAGGGUAAAACAAAGUGGCAGCUACUACCCAUUUUGAAUCUUUUUAUGCUUAUUAUACUGGACAAUUCAUUGCAUGUGCUGUUGGGUACCUUGUAAUGGUUUAAGUGCCCGGUCUCAUGGAGAGGAUGGACGAGACGCUCCAAAGCGAAGUGCCUGAGACUUCCACAGCAUGAGCAAGAGGAUGCUGCUGUGCCCUCAGAGGAUCCCCCACCCCUGGGGGCGUGAUGGUGGGUAUGGGUCAAAAAGACAGCUACGUAGGGGACGAAGCUCAAAGCAAGAGAGGUAUCCUGACCUUGAAAUACCCCAUAGAACAUGGUAUCAUCACAAACUGGGAUGACAUGGAGAAGAUCUGGCAUCAUUCUUUUUACAAUGAGCUGCGUGUUGCCCCUGAAGAGCACCCUACUCUGCUUACUGAGGCUCCAUUGAAUCCAAAAGCCAACCGAGAGAAAAUGACCCAGAUAAUGUUUGAGACCUUCAAUGUACCAGCCAUGUAUGUAGCUAUUCAGGCUGUUCUGUCCCUCUAUGCUUCUGGACGUACCACAGGGAUUGUACUAGACUCUGGUGAUGGUGUCACCCACAAUGUGCCAAUCUAUGAAGGCUACGCCCUGCCCCAUGCCAUCAUGCGUCUGGACCUGGCUGGCCGAGACUUAACCGACUACCUCAUGAAAAUUCUCACUGAACGUGGCUAUUCCUUUGUGACUACUGCUGAACGUGAAAUUGUCCGUGACAUCAAGGAGAAGCUGUGUUAUGUGGCCCUGGACUUUGAAAAUGAGAUGGCCACUGCUGCUUCUUCCUCUUCUCUGGAGAAGAGCUAUGAGCUGCCUGAUGGGCAGGUGAUCACCAUAGGUAAUGAGCGUUUCCGCUGCCCCGAGACCCUGUUCCAACCUUCCUUCAUUGGCAUGGAGUCUGCUGGCAUUCAUGAAACUACUUACAACAGCAUCAUGAAGUGUGAUAUUGAUAUCAGAAAGGACCUUUAUGCAAACAACGUCCUGUCUGGUGGUACUACAAUGUACCCGGGUAUUGCUGACCGAAUGCAAAAGGAAAUCACUGCUCUGGCUCCCAGCACUAUGAAAAUCAAGAUCAUUGCUCCUCCCGAGCGUAAGUACUCCGUCUGGAUUGGUGGCUCUAUUCUUGCCUCCCUGUCCACCUUCCAACAGAUGUGGAUCAGCAAACAGGAGUAUGACGAAGCUGGUCCAUCCAUUGUUCACCGCAAAUGCUUUUAAUCUGCUUAUCUGUAUAUGUAUUUUUCAGCACAUUGCUGUGAAUGUAUUCAGGAAUAAAUACGUUCUUAUAAUUUCAUUCCAAAAUCUUUCAGAAUAAUGGCUCUAAUUGGAUACCAUGUAUUUUUUUGAAUAAAUAGUAAAUAUGUGUCUA